UCCUCGCUUCCCGAGCUCAGCUAUCACUAGAUAGUAGUAUCAGUCCUCCGAACAAGAACCAUGAGAACGGAUGGGCUGCCACUGUGUCAGCGAUUUGUACUGCAGCACUGCACUCGUCCCGGCAGUACAAAUCUUUUGCAAGUCUGCGGGCGUCUCCUUGCAGAUAGCUUGCUUCCAUGUCGUGACGUCUCUGCACAACCCCAGUGAAGAUGGCGAAGCUGAACAGCCGCAAAGAUGGCUCAACGCGACAUUGAGUGGUGGAACACACCGCUGAACCAGGAGAUGCAGCGUGUCGACGCACCGAAACUGGCUAAAGUCGGCGUGGGGCGCUACGCUGAAGAGAGGCUGACUGAUAUGACCGCCGUUGACGUCGACAUUCAGGUAGAGCCUAGCGCAUGGCCAGGCGUGAAGACGACACCGGAUAACUAUAUCCUAACACCUUGGAAAGAUGGUGUUAUCCCAGAAGUUCCCGUGUUUCCCAGAAGAGAGAGUGGCAUGUCACAUGACACAGUUCAUGUACUUGGUCUGUGGAAAGAAUGCCUAGCGGCAGAGAGGCUGGAAGGUGAUAUCCCUAGCAUGUUUCGUGCACAGGUACAGUCCUUUCUGAACGAGCAGAGAGCUCUUCCAGACGAGGGUGACAUUCUUGAUGACAUGUCGGCAAUGGGUGCCAUUAUAGCGAACGUUGCUCUCACGUUCACCACCGAGACCAUUCCAAGAGCUCAACCAGAUGAGCUGAUGUUGCAAAUCUUCAUGGCCAGCGACCUGAUGGAGGAUACCAAGCUAGCAGUGACGGCCAAAGCCCUGGUGAAGUUGCAUGGUGCUAAUCUGUUACACGCGCAUCCUGAUGGUGGAACAGCCAUACAUCGUGCUAUCUGCCUCAAGAAGCUGGAAACUAUACAAACUCUUAUAGGGAUAGAUAACCAUGCUCUGGAGGUAAAGGAUGCAAGUGGAUUUACACCACUUCAGCGCGCUCUAGUUACCAACUGUCCUGAAGUGGCGAAGGUGGUUAUGGACUUCCUCACCAGUUACUCUCUUCAGCGACAGCUACUGGAAGAGAAAGGGCUGGAGAUAUUCCACAACAUGGUCCGGCAGAGCAACUCUGGACCGACAGUUCAGGUGGUUUUGGACCGACAGAUCGACCAAGUGACAGAUGAGGGUGGCGACAUUGCGUUUGAAGCCCACUACGCCUUACUGAAUGCCCCGCUGUCAUACUGCGGUGUGUUCAAGUCGCUGUUCGAUCACAUUCUUUCCAAUCCUGAUUUAUCACAUGCAUAUCACGGGCAUCGUCUGGUGCGACUGCUUCUAAACAAUAAGUGGCAUGCUUACGGAGAUUUUUUGAUGAAGUGCACAAUUGUGCUCACUAUUCUCUCCCUGGUCCCGAUAACGUUCGUGACCAUCACUGCCCCCGAGGCACUUGAGCCGAGGACGUUCUCGAGCGCCGUGGAUUAUAUACGACUGGUGUGCCAAGCCCUUGUUGCUCUCCGCGCACUGAUGCUGUUGAUACGAGAGUUCGUACGCGUGUGGCGCAGCCCAAAUCUAUAUCGGUAUGUCAGCAAGUUCGACAUCUAUCGGGCAACCGACAUCCUGUUUGUCGUCUUCGUAGUGGUGUUCAUACCAUUGCAUGUGCUGGACUUCGAGGCACAGUGGAUACUGCUGGGAUUAAUCUACUUCACAUCAGCCUUCAAGAUUGUGCAACUAAUGGCAGCAUCCGAAUUACUGGGUGUAUACAUGAGUGUGAUCACCAGCGUCAUGAAGACGGUGCCGCCAAAGUUCACUGUUGUGGCAGCCGUUGUGCUCUUCAUAUUCAGCGGCACGUUCUACCCUGCUUUGCGAGCGCACACGACACUUCAAGACAUCGGAAAUGGUACCUACGUUCCGGUUACCGAUCACUCUUCCCGUCUGGAGUUCCUGUCCUACUUUGAAGUUAUGUUCUUUGCAUUUCGUGACCUAGUCGAGGGGAGAAGUCUGGUCAACUACUACAGUAACUCUGGAAGAAUUGGAGCUUUCCCUGUUAUCUGGUAUUUGGCCUUUCUCAUCAUCGCUAUUCUUGUGCUGCGCACAAUGUUUCUGGCCGAAGUCGUUUUCAAGUUUGCUGUGGUCAAGCGUGAUGCUCUGCGCACACUGGAGACCAAUCGACGCAAGCUUCUUCCCAUCCUGGAGUCGAAGAAGUUACUGUGGACAUAUGUACUGCCAGAGCAUUGGUUGAAUUUGGAGCAAUGCUAUUCAGAACGCUUCAACUCUGAACAGCUGCAAGCUAUUCUGGAGGAGGACAAGGGCGAUGGCUUUGUGCGGAUUGAGAAGAUUCUCGAAAGAAACAAGAGGGAUGGUGAGAAAAGUCAGCAGCACCUAAUCGGCCUUGUCGUCGGUCAGUUUCAGAAGCUGGAGAGUCGCUUGGAGUCGGUGUCGCAGCUGCUCGAGGAGCGAACUGGGCAGAUCAUGAACUCCUUGGCUCAGUCGAGAGCCGAGUCAAACAAUGACAUCAACUUUGUCAUCAAGAAUGCAGAUGCAUCACACGGUCAAUUGGUGGGAACUCUUGACCAAUACUUCUCGCAGCUGGGUGAGGACCGACCGGAGUUCCUCAGAAGGUUGGUGGAGCCAACCAGCCACGUAGCUGCUAAAGUCGAGCACCUCGAAUCCCUCGUGCAGCAGAUGAGUGCCAAGCAAGCUAACCUUGAAGCCAUCACUGACCGGAUCAUUGAGAGGAUGGAGAGUCAAAGCGAUCAAACUACACUGCAGGUCACAUGCCUUCAGAAGCAGAGGGAUGUGCUGGGAACCAUCUUGAGCACAAUAGUGGAACUGCACUCCACCAUCGACAAGCUGAAGACCGAUGUCCGUGAAGCGCGAAGUGCUGGCUAGUCCUGUUUCCUGGAAUUCAUGGAAAGUAGUUGCAGUAGUUGCAGGUUUCUAUAAUCAGAGCAUCCGUCUGAGCCUCCUCGGUAAUUCGAUUUAUUUCCUUUCAGUAUAUUGUAGCAGAACAACUGGUAAUGAAUUACAGUUGAUAAUGCACUUCUGAUACUAAACAC